UGUUACACGGGCCGCAGUCCUGAUUGAAAAAGUUAGGUGACAGUUUUCGCUCCUACAUUUAUUUUCAUUUUCAUCCAUAAACAAAUCCCAACUUGAUAUUUAGACAAAAUGCUUGAUAUAACGUUGUUCAUUAUUUAGAAACGAAUGGAGAAUUGAAACGAAAACUUCGCUUGUUUUUAAAUGGACAAUCAAAACAAAAGUUACAUAAUAUUUGUAUAAACGUUUUUUCAUUGGUGGGAUAUUCGGCUACGAAUUUUAACAAUUAAUCAAGAUAAGUUGUAAAGUAAUUGAUGGAAUUAUUACGUUGUUUCACCGAAAAGAUCGGGAAUUCAAUAAGGAUACGCACGAAUAAUCAAGGAAUAUUAAAUACGUUCGUAAAUAAAAUGCAAAAUGUGUGUAAUGUAGUGUAAUAAUGAACCCAAAAACUUAAAUGGAAUUUACAUUUCAAAGAAUAUUAAUUUAACGUUCAUCUGAAGUCAUAUCAAAGUGAACCAAUAUGAAUUUAGUUUUGCAACUCAAUAUUCUGUUAACGCUUAACUUAUUGUGUCACAGUGAUAGUAUAGGCAGUGAGAAAAGUGAUUCCAGUUAUCGAGAACUGACGGACCAUACUAUGGUGACAGAUAACGGCAUAUUUCCAUUCGUGGCGGCCAUUUUGUCGAAAUCUGCUUACGUUAGUGCUGGCGCUUUGAUAAAUGAGUUUUGGGUGAUCACUGCGGCUGAUUCACUGUUUUUGAUACGAGAAACAACAAGAAUAAUGAGGGUACGUCUGGGCAGUGUGAACAACAAGAAAGGUGGUUACCUUUCACCCGUGAAGACAAUCGAAAUCCACCCUAGUUUCGAUGACAAUAGCGCUGCUUAUGACAUAGCACUGAUUUUGCUGCCAACGCGCGUGAGAUUCACACCCAGUGUGUAUCCAAUACAGCUGCAGACGCAGCUGCAGGAGGUGUCUACGACCCAUUUUAUGGUUAACUCCUGGCCUCCACAUGUUGUGCCAUCAAGCGUGUACCCAAACCACACGGAAUCGCUGGACAUAAUCAAAAGGAGACGCAUGAUGACGGUGUCUCACUUGCACCCCUCCUCCAAGGAGAACUGCUCAGACUUAAUACAGUUCCUGAACGUGACUGAAAAGGAGACCAUGAUGUGCUUAGAUCCAGCUGUUGGGACUGAUCCUUGCGAGCGUGAUGUAGGCGCUCCGGUUGUACUCAAUGGGAUCCUGUGGGGAAUUCUUUCGUCCUGGAAGCCGGACGACUGCGACACAGACCCGGGUCCGAUGCUGGUGACCCUGGUGGCUGCGAAGAACGUAUCCUCAUGGCUACACUCCACCAUGCGGGGCCACAUUUGGAGCAUCAACAACACUGUCGACUACGAAAAUUAUUAUUAUGAGGACGACUCCGAGAAAUAAAAUAAUUUAGGAUA